UAAAUAAAUGCAAAAUGAGUGAUUUUUUGACAUCUAAUAAUAUUUGUGCACAAAAUUUAUUACGAUUGGUAUCUCGUGGAAAUGCUAUUAUAGCAGAAUUAAUGAGAUUAAAGGACUAUGUACCAUCUGUAUUUAGUUUGGAUUCAAAACCAAUUGUACAAAAAUAUGGAUCUAUUAUAAUUGAUUUUAUAUAUUUUAAAUCUGUUAGUACUUAUGAACAAAAAAUAGAAAGUGAUCCAAUACUUCAAGAAACAGAUGAAGAAUUACGAAACAAUUUUUCUGAUAUAAUUUCAAGAUUUUAUUUAGCUUUUGAAAGUGUGCACAAAUACAUAACAGAUUUGAAUCUUUAUGUAGAUGAAUUAGGAGAUGGAAUAUAUAUUCAUCAAUCUAUAGAUACUAUUAUGCUCAAUGAAGAAGGAAGACAAUUAAUGUGUGAAGCAGUAUAUUUAUAUGGAGUUAUGUUACUUUUGGUUGAUUAUCAUUUUGAAGGAUGUAUAAGAGAGAGAUUACUUGUAUCCUAUUAUCGAUACAAUGCUCAACGUUCAUCCUCUACAAGAGUAGAUGAUGUAUGUAUGUUAUUGCGAUCAACAGGAUUUUCUAAAAUUUCUAAUAAACGACCUGCAAAUUAUCCUGAAGACUAUUUUAAAAGAGUAUCAUUAAAUGAUUCUUUAAUUGAACAUAUUAUUGGACGUUUACGUUCUGAUGAAAUAUAUAAUCAAAGCCUUGCUUUUCCACAUCCAGAACAUCGUAGUACUGCUCUUUCUAAUCAAGCAUCAAUGUUAGUUAUAAUUUUAUCAUUUAAACCAAUCAUGUUACAUACUCAUACAGCUAUAAUGAGAGAAAUAGUUGAUAGAUUUUUUCCUGAUAACUGGGUAAUCAGUAUUUACAUGGGAAUAGUAAUAAAUUUAUGUGAUUGGUGGUUACCAUAUAAAGCAGCAAGAACAGCUCUCAAUAAUACUUUAGAAUCGUCAAAUGUAAAAGUAAUUGCACAAAACUAUGGUCAAAAAAUGAAGAAAUUAAUAUCUGAAACGGAAGAAGUGCAAUUAGCAGUAACAUUAGAUGAGAGUGCAAUAGGUUCUCUGGUAAAAUUAGUAAGAGAAUGCAACGUAACAUUACAUUGGAUACUUUUACAUACAGCAGUGUCAACUAUAUCAUUAGAAGAUUCAAAACGUUCACGUAUGCUUAAACAAUUAAUAAUAACUGAAAGCAAAUAUAAUAUAUCCCAUUGUCUUCAAUUGUUAUUAAGUACUGCUCAGAUUGAGCAAAGUGUUAAACAUUUAUAUAAACAAUUAUUAUUUGGUAAAGAAACUAAGUGGCUCAGAGAUAAAGAAACAUGUGUUGAACGUAUAACAGAUCUUGCACAAAUAUUUGGAGGUAAUAAAUCACUUGAUGGUAUUGAAAGAAAUCAAAAUCUGCAUGCUUGGUUUUUAGAGAUAAGUAAACAUAUUGAUUCAUUACAACAAGAAGAUGCAAGAAAAAUAGUGCAAUUAGUACAAGCAUUAGAAGAAGUACAAGAAUUUCAUCAAUUAGAAAAUAAUUUACAUAUAUCGCAAUAUUUAGCUGAUACACGGGAAAUAUUGCAUAAUAUGUUGCGCACAGGAAACAUAACAGAAGAUACUAUGAUAAGUUUGAAUAUAGUGACAGAUUGUUGUUAUGCAUGGAAUAUAAUGGAAUCAUUUAUUGAUACUAUGCAAGCUAGCAUAAAAGAAAAUCCUCCUACUGUGAUAAAAUUAAAAGCACUUUUUUUAAAAAUGGCUUCAGCUUUAGAAACUCCUUUGUUAAGAGUAAAUCAAGCACGGAGUGCAGAUUUAUCCUCAGUAUCGCAAUAUUAUAGCAGAGAAUUAGAAAAAUAUGCAAGACGCGUUCUUCAAAUAAUACCCGAAACUGUAUUUGGUUUACUUGCUGAAAUAGUAUAUCUUGAAACUAAUGCUUUUAAAGAAAUUCCUACUAAACUGCCAAAAGAUAAAUUGAAAGAUUAUGCACAAUUAGAUGAUAGAUUAAAAAUGGCUAAAUUAACAUAUGCUGUAUCAGUAUUUACAAAGGGAGUAUUAUCUUUAAGAAGUGUUCCAUUAGGUGUGUUAAGAGUUGAUUCUCAUCGUCUUUUGGAAGAUGGUAUACGACAAGAACUUGUGAAAAAAGUAACGUUGGCUUUAGAUAGUGGUCUUAUUUUUGAACCAAAAUCAAAAUCAUUCCAGAUAUCAUUGUUACAAAAACUUCAUAAUUUAGCAGCAAUAAUAGAUGGUUAUCGCAAAUCGUUUCAGUAUAUUCAAGAUUAUAUAAACAUUAAUAGUUUAAAAAUAUGGCAUGAAGAAAUAACAUAUAUUAUAAAUAAUGCAGUGGAAGAAGAAUGUAUUGGUUCUUCUUGGAUUUCAGAAAAGUCAUGGAGAUAUUUCCAAGAAGAAAAACAUGUUUCUAUUUCAGACAAUAAUAUUACUACUUUUAUCGGUAGACUUGCUCGUGAGUUACUUCGAAUUACAGAUCCUAGAACAACUAUUUAUAUUGAACAUUCUCUUGCCUGGUAUGAUCUUAAAACGCAAACAGAAGUAUUAAAUUAUAAAAUUUUUUCAAAAACAUUGGAAGCAAUUGGUACACCCGGUUUAACAGGUCUUGACAAACUUAUUUCAUUUUACAUUAUAACUGAAUUAAAUAGUAUGAUACACUAUAUAGAAAAAAAUAUUCGUAAUAAAAUGUGGUCAUCUAUAAUUGAUCAUUUUGAUACAAUAUUGAAUUCUGUGGAUGGUCCUAAAGGUAAUGUAUCAAAAUUUCACAGUUCUAUUACUACUCAAACAAGUAAAUUUUGUCCUCAACUUCUUGAAUGGAUAUUAAAAAUUGGACAUUAUCAACUUCUUAAGAAAAAAAUAGCAUAUGAAUUGAACACUGCUUGUAAAUUUGAAGCAAAGCAUAUGGAAGCAGCACUACAAACAUUAAAUAUAGCUAUAUUAUUUGAAAUUAAUAAGCAAAAUAAUAAUGAACAAAAUGAAAUUGAAAAAAAAGAAUUACUACGUGAACUUAAUAUCAGAUUAGAUUGGGCUGGUAUAAGUAAUCCCCAUAAUAAUAUUUAUAUUAAAUCGCCAAAUAUAAAUAAUAUUGCUCUCAUUAUGUUUUUACUUACUAUAUUACAAUUACCUAAACUUUAUUAUUGUAAAAACACAGGAAGUCUUUUGAGUAAAAGACCUCAAGAUCCUCUUGAUGCUGUAAUUUUUGUUAUUGGAAUACUAACUAUUUUACGUCAAUGUACUUUUUCUGCAAUGACGCGUUAUGUUAAAUAUCUUUGUAUAUACAUCCUUUCAUGUGUUACUUCAGAUAGUGUAAAAGCAGGAAGUGAAGGAGAAUCCGAGAUAUCUAAUAUUUUACAUAUUUUAGAAUUGUUUACAAAAUAUUCUGGUAUAUCACGAUCACUUAUACUUAAAGAAAUUCCUAUUAUUAUCAUGGAUCAUUUUCAAGCAAAAACAUCUAAAUAAAAUAUAAAAAUUUAUUAUAAUUAAAUUAUAAUAUAAUUUUUUAGUUAAAAAUAAUUUAUAUUACGUUAAAAUAAAAAAAUAAACACCAUUUAAUUUGUACAUAUAUUCACAUGUGAAUCUAUAUUUUGUACGUACAUGUACAAUUAUAUGUUUAUGUAUUUACAUUUUAUAUAUAUAUUUCACAAAGUAUAAUAUAAUUUUUUAACUAAAAAUAAUUUGCAUUACAUUAGAAUAAAAAAAAUAAAUGUCAUUUAUUUUCUAUAUAUAUUUUCUAUACACAUGUGGAUUCAUAUUUUGUAUAUAAAUGUAUUUUAUAUAUAGAUAAUUGUACUAAUUUUUGUUAAAAAUGGAAAAUAAUAAAAUUUUAUUAUUAUUAUAAAAAUCUAUAAUUAUUUUUUAAUUUAUGAAUAUAUUAUUUAUAUAAAUUAAUAAUUAAAUAUUAUUAUUUUUCCAGUAAUCCUUUUACAUAAUCGACGACAUUAAAGUACAAAAAUAACAAAUUCUUUAAAAUUUUCAUUUUUUUUAAUAUUUAUUUUAAUUUUUAAAUUAAAUUAUAUAUUAUUUUCAAUUAAAAUAUUUAUGAUUAUUUUAUAUAUUUUAAGUAGAUUAUAAUAAUUAAUAAGUUAUUUAUAUUUUGUCAUAUAUUUUAAAAAUGAAAUAAAGAUAAAAAAUUAUUAAUGAUAUUAAUGAAAUGAAAAAUUAUGAAAAAUUUUUAUCAUAGAAAUAUUAUUUAUUACAUGUUAUUAAUAUUAAUAUAAUUUUUAGUUAAUAUUAAUAUUAAUAUAAUCUUAGUUAUAAUAUAGAUUUUUUCAAAAUUCAAAUAAAUACAAAUCUGAAAUUGUAACUGCUCAUAUCCGCAAUAAAAAUUUAUAUACGCAUUGGCGGCUACAAGCGGCGGCGUUAUAGCGCUUAUCAAAUAAUUUUUAUCUUAUUUUCAUUUUAGAAUUUAAUAAAACAUUUUUUAAAUUCAAACUAAAUGUUAUGAUUAUUUUAUAAUAUAUUCUAUAUUAUAUUAUAUUUCUUAUUUAUAAGAUAAAUAACAUAAACGGUUAUAAUCUGAACGAUUUUUGCCGGCUAAAACGGCCGUUGCUACAAAUAGAAGCGUUGACGCUUUUCUUCUUUAUAAAUUAAAAGAAAACAAAAUUUUAAAUAUUUAAGAAAAUAUUUAUAUAAUUAUUAAAAAGCUUAUAAAAUUAAAAUAUUUUUUCUAAUAUAUUAUAAGUUAUUUUAAAUUUUAUUAAAUUCUUUAACGAAGAAAUUAUAUAAUAAUAUGUUUAAUAGUUACAUGGGCGGCUUGAACGCUGUUGACGCCGUCAACGGCGGCUGUAACGGCGAUGUUGGUGGCUUGCUACAAAAGAGACUGCGAUAAAUUUCGAGCUCAGUCUUUCUUGCUCAUACGUGCAGUUAUAUAUCUUAUUUAUAUAAUUAAAAAAUUAAAAUUUUAUUUUUAAAAUUUUCAAUAAAUAUUGUGAUAUUAAAAAUACAUAUCUAUUUUAUUAUUAUCUUUAAUAACAUUGAAAAUAAUAAUGUAUUUUCAUAUUAUACUAUCUUUUAAUAAUUUUGUAUAAUACAUUAUUUCUAUUUUAAUGUGUAUAUAUUAUAUAUAUUAUUUUGCAUAAUAUAUUAUUUCUGUUUUAAUAUGUGUAUAUAUAUAUUUCAAUGAAAUAUGCGAACAAGCGUCAUCAUUGUUUUGGCUUUUGCUACUGGGAUUGUUAUAGCUACAUCAAGAAAUUAUAAUUAUUCUCAUUUCAUAAAGCAUCAUGCAAGACCACGAGUAAUUCGAGGUUUUAAACCUGAAUAUAUAUCUACAGCAUAUGGUUUUGGAAAAAGACAAAAUAUUAUUGAUAUGCCAAAAAUUAAUAAAAAUGAACGAAUUUUAUCGAUACUUCUACGCUAUUUUCCACAGGGGUAUAUAUUUUUAUUAAUUUAAUCAAAUUAUUUUUGUAUAACAAUAAAAAAAUAUGAAUAUAACUAAAAAUAAUAAAUUAAUUAAUAUAAAAUGAUUUAAUUUCAGAAUUCCUAUAGAAUGGUUACUUCAACAAAUAAAAACAAAUCCAACCUUUGCUAUAAAAUUAACACAAGUAUUAAUGAAUGAACGUACUGAUUUUAUGUCAAUGAUGGAUCGUUCUAAUUCAGAAAGAAUAACUUGGCUAUAUUAAGUCUUUUAUUAUAUGAUCAAAUUAUGUACACAAUUUCUAGUUAUAUCUUCUAGUUUAAUAAAUAUGCGAUAUUCAAAAGUCUAA